AGGCCGAGUCAGGCCGAAGCUCGAGAGUCGUCCAGGCGUUUUCGGUACGAAGCAGUCCCUUGGAAACCACCCUGAAGCCCGUCGUCGCUUCACCACUCCGUCGGCAUUUCACCCUUCAAACCUACGCUCGUUCUGAGGCAAAAUCUAGUCCCCAUUGAGAUCACAAGUUAAGUCAUCCGGCCACGAAGGAGAUCUGACGAAGAAGAAGGGAUUAGGAACUGUUGAGGCGAGGGACACAAGCAGAGACAUGGACAAUGUGCAAAUGAUCGGCACUAAAAUCACAGCGAUCAAGGAAUACUUAUAUAACUUCGCACGAACGCACUCGCCUACCAGACUAAUGAGCUCCGAAAAUACUUAUUCGCUCUCUAAAGAGCAUUGCAACUUGAAGUACUCGGACAUUCUGCCUCAUAAUGCAGAAGGUUAUCCGGCGACUAGAGAGUUCCUGAUGAAGGUGGUGGACAUUCUGCUGGAUUUCGUCAAGUCAACGAAUGACAGAAGUGCGAAGAUUCUUGAGUUUCACCAUCCUGCCGAUAUGAUGCGCCUGCUCGAUCUAGAAAUUCCCGAUACUGGAUUGACCCUUCAACAGCUCCUACUGGAUUGUUCCACAACCUUGAAGUAUCAAGUAAAAACCGGACAUCCACGUUUCUUCAAUCAGCUAUCAUGCGGUCUCGAUUUAGUGUCCAUGGCUGGCGAGUGGCUAACUGCGACGGCCAACACGAACAUGUUUACCUACGAGAUCGCUCCCGUAUUCAUUCUAAUGGAGCAUGUCGUUCUACAAAAAAUGCGCGAGCUUAUAGGCUGGAACUGCGGCGACUCCAUUCUCGCACCAGGAGGAUCUAUUAGCAACCUUUACGCCUUCCUUGCGGCCAGGCACAAGAUGUUCCCGUACUAUAAAGAAAAGGGACUCUCUGCUAUCGGAGGACAGCUGGUUAUGUUUACGUCCGAUCAGUGCCAUUAUUCUGUGAAAUCAUGCGCGUCCGUUUGUGGCCUCGGUACGGAUAAUUGCGUGAUGGUGCCUAGCGACGAGCGCGGUCGCAUUAUUCCAUCGAAACUGGAGGAAUUAAUCCUGGAGCGCAAGGCCAAAGGUCACAUACCGUUCUUCGUGAAUGCCACUGCGGGAACAACGGUUAUUGGUGCAUUCGAUCCGAUUCCGGAAAUGGCUGAUAUCUGUCAAAAAUACAAUCUAUGGCUGCACGUCGACGCGGCUUGGGGUGGUGGACUGCUUCUGUCGAGAAAGUAUAGGCAUCCGAGACUGACCGGCAUCGAACGGGCUGAUUCAGUGACAUGGAACCCACAUAAACUUAUGGGAGCCUUGCUUCAAUGUUCAUCUAUUCACUUUAAGGAAGAUGGGCUACUGAUCAGCUGUAACCAAAUGUCCGCGGAAUACCUGUUUAUGACGGACAAGCUGUACGACGUGAGGUACGACACGGGCGAUAAGGUCAUUCAAUGCGGGCGUCACAACGACAUUUUCAAGCUUUGGCUGCAAUGGCGCGCCAAGGGAACGGAGGGUUUCGAGAGGCACAUGGACCGGCUGAUGGAGCUGACGGAGUACAUGGUUAGGAGGAUUAAACAAAUGCCCGACAAGUAUUACCUGAUUCUCGAGCCUGAAUUGGUCAACGUCUGUUUCUGGUAUCUGCCCACGCGCGUGCGAAACAUGCCACAUACCGCGGAGAGAAUGAAAAUCUUAGGCGAGAUAUGUCCAAUUCUGAAAGGUCGCAUGAUGCAAGCCGGCACGCUGAUGGUUGGUUACCAGCCGGACGAUCGACGGCCCAACUUCUUCAGGAAUAUCAUCUCCAGUGCCGCUGUAUCGGAGGCCGACGUCGAUUUUCUCCUGGCUGAGAUGGAUCGAUUGGGCCAUGACUUGUAAGAAAUCUGUCCACACAUAGGCAUUAAUCGUACGAUGUGCAGCGAUUAGCCGACUGGUACACACAUUGGCGAAACCGUGAUUUAUCCGAAUGCAUUUUCGACGGUACGUUAAACAAAAAUUAUAAAUUCGAGGCUCAGGUCACUAAAUUCGGAACCAUCAAUACGAACGUAAGACAUACGAUGAAAUUAGACAGUUUUAAUGUUACGAUAGAAGAGAACACACGAAUAUCGAGUAUAUCUUCGGGUAUAUUUUAUCAUUUCCUCUCAUUUUUCCGUCAAAAUAACGUCACGUUUUACUAACGUUAAUUAUUUUUUAUAUUUUGCUAUAGUAUAAUUUUAUGAACUUGUUUUACAUAUUGUACAAUAUAAAAGCGAUGAAUUUCUAAUUAAUUUAGUAUUUAUAUUUUCUUUAGAUUGAGCAAAGAAAACAUUUCUUACGGUAUUCUUUGGACUAUUACACAUUCGCCCGUAAACAUUCAUUCGUCGUUCUAUAACAUGUUUUAAUAAAAUCUGGAUUAAUUGAUAUGCAUAUUAUAGUUUAUUAGUACAAAUGUUUUUAAUUUGACACUUAUCAUUGAACGGACAAAGCGAUGAUAUUAGUAAGGGGUCGAUGUGUAGUUGAAACGCUUCUUUAUCUUGCGACCAGUUUGCAGCAGCUACCUGCACGUCGAAAAAUGUAUGUAGUAUAUAAGUUCUCUAGAUUUAAUGAAACACACGGCAUAUCCAAGAAAACGAAGUUAUAAAUGAAGUUACAAAGUUAAUGAUGCUUCCGGCCGUAAGCUAUGCAGAUUUGUUAUUUUUUGCUGCUCGAUGCACGCACGAUAAUAUUUACGCAAGUGAUAAAAUUACUCAUUAAUCGAAGCAAUAAUAGUGUACACCCGCUUUCCAAAUGAAACAUCUGAAUGGAAUUUUUCAUCUUGAAACGCGGUUUAGGAUGCCAUUGUUCAAAAUUUAUAUUCAAAACUUAUUUUCAAUGUAUAUUCUAUUUUAGCGAAUGACAUAUCAAAUUGGUGUUGAAUGAUUUAGGUAUGAAGUUACAUAUGAUUCUCUAAAUUUAUAAAAGAAUGUUUUCUUCUUGCAGAUAUUUUAUAUUCAUAAGCACGUUAAAUUAAAUAUAUUUAAUUUGUUAACUAUUUUUGUACAGUUUUUAUUUGAAAAUUCUAUGGAUCAGUUACUGUGUCUUACGCUCUUAUUAAUCAUCUUCUGCAUUAAUGGUUAGAUAUUUCAAACAUCUCUGAGAUCCUUAAUAGGUUUUAAUCAUUUAAAUAUAGUUAUAUAGUUAGCAUUGUUUGACAAGUUUGUUAAAAAUUAAGCGAAAUUAAUUGUGCAAAAAUGAAUUCCCACGCGUUCAAGUUAUAUAGUUAACAUUGUUUGACAUAUUUGUUGAAAAUUAAUUGUGCAAAACUGAAUUCCCAUGCAUUCAAGUAAAAAUAUUUAUUGUAAUUUAAUGAGACUUUGCAGUUUGUCCAUAAUACACUGGAGUGAAAGCAAUCCUGUUUUCGGACAGUGUAAAAAUCCAUUUAGAAUGUAAACUGUAAGAGCUAUGGCUAAUGUCGGAGCUUAAGUGUUGCUCUGUCCCCAUUGUACGAUUUGCAACGAAUCGUCAGCCAAUAACUACGGAAUAGAAAAACUUCUAUCGCCGUAGGAUUAGGGAUAGAUAACACAAAUACGACACUACUUUCCAUAGAACAUAGAUUUAACACCGAACGUUAUUCUGUUGGGAUAUUAACGGAGUUUAUAAUUUAUCAAUUGUUUGCGAAGAUAACGUUACGAGAUGGACUUCGUCUAUUAUAUACAAAAAAAUAUAUAUGUAUUAUAAUUUACUGUUAAACAGUUCUAAAGGAGAGUAUUAAUAUAUAUUUAAUAUAGAUAUAUAUAUAAAAGUAUAAAUAUAUAAAUAUAUCAAAGCAUUAUAUAUAUUUAGUGUUGAAAUUUUAAGAAUACAAAACACAAACCCAUGAAAGUACAUGCUUUUUCGAAUAUUCAUGCGAACGGUUGCCACUUUCAAUUAGUUUGUCGAUUCUGUUAGAAAACUAUCGACCAUUUCAUUGAAACGCCAUAAACACACUAUUGAAAGUAAUGAUUGCACGUCACAAGGAAUUGUGUGAUGCAACAAUCAUUUUCAAUAUUCUAGAUCUCAUAUAUAAUUUCCUGUUAUUUAUUACAUAUUAAUUAUAACUCAUUUCUUAUACGUUUGUGACGAUUAUUUUAUAUUAUACAAAUAAUUGCGUAAUAUGUGCAUUACAAACACAGUGAACUUAUUAUUAGGAAUGACGACAAACGUUUCGAUCUGUUUGACACUUGCAAUAGAACAAUUCUAUAGAUUUCGAUUUACUCGUUAAUAUGGACUAACAGAAAAAAAAGGUAUUUAAAGUAAGUAACAUGAAAUAUCUAGAUGUAAUUAUACAAGAAUUAUAAGUGUAUUUAUGUACACAUGCAUCUUUGAAUUGUACCGCGUUUUCUUUUCUGCUGACGACUGCCGUGCCGUCGUGACAAUUAGCUUAAGUUUAAACGAAUAUAUUUAGAUGGGGAACCGCAAUUAGUGCCGGAAUUAAACUAACACAGGAUUAAUCGAAGUAGAAAGUAAUCGAUAUAUCCUGAUACCUGUAAUUUUAUGCCAAAGAUGUUAAUUCAACGUAUUUAAAUGAAAGCUCUUGGCUGAUGGAUUAUAGCGGGUGAUGUCAAUUCAAUUUGAAACGUUUGUAAUGUGUAAAAUAUGAAGCGCAUUAUAUAUGCUGAACUCUGCCUCAACGAGAAAAAUAAUGGCAAAAUUUAUUAAAAGGAAAGUAAUUCAAUAAUCUAUGUUCACAGUUUUAGAUAAAAUAUUCUUACAUAAAAAAAUCAUUAAUCAGAAUUGAAAUUAAUUUGAAAUAAAGACAUAAACAUUAUGAACAUUUCUGUAAGUUAAUAAAUUUAUUAUUGCGUAUAAAAAUUUCAUAAAACAGUUUUUAAAGGAGUUACAGUUAAUAUUGCGAAUUUGAGAUACUGUUUACGAGAUUAGAUUGCACUUGUAUUUUGAUCCAGAGUUCAAGCAACUCAUUUGCAAUCACUAUGCGCCAAAGAAGGGACAAAAUGUAUUUUUCGAGAAAGUGAAUUAAACUAUUCAUCUGACCAGCAAACCGAUACCUGCAAAGAAGAACUCUAUCGAAUCAUUGUUAAUUAUUAUUCAUAAUUCUAUCAGCGUUGAGAGUUUUUUUAGACAUAGUCGUUGGCGCUGCCGACAUAGUAAUCAAUGCUACUCAUAAACGAAUCUCUCUCGUGAUUACAAAUGUCUUUACACACGUCUCUCUAUUAAUUCCUGUGUAAAUGAUCGUUUUUUAAGCGAAGAGUGAUAUAUUUGUACGGAAAGUAUACUCGUCCCUGUAGACUUCCGAUCAUUUAAGUUGCUCAUAUAAUUAGCCGAUAUAUUAACACGAUUAGUACAGCGUAUUUUCCUUCAAUUCCAUCCUUCGGGAUGUGUAAAACAUCUUUACACGGCCGAUGUAAUGGAUAUUAGUAAUAGCAUUAAUAUAGUAGAGUAUUAAAGUAUCGAUUUAUUAGAUGAAUUAUACAACUUGUACAAUUACAAUUUAGAAUUGCAAGUGUUGUAAUCAUUUUUUUGUAGAUAAUCAAUGAAGCGUAUUAUAAAGUUUGUAUUAAAAAAUGCCAUUUUAAAGCGUGCGAAUAUUUUGCAUUGUUGGCGCGAUAUAAAAGUUUAAAUAUAAACUUCUUUUAAAGUAAAUGAUAUUUAAUGUUCUUAUAUAAUAUUAUGCACAUAACACAUUAUGCAAUUUAUUUAAACGUAAUGAAUAUUUUAAAAAUGCACCGCACAACUUACAAUUUUGCAUAAUGCACUCUUAGCAUGUGCCAUUUCCUGCACUCUGCUUAUACAUUGCUUUGCAGUAUGUAUAUUGUUUUGCACGUAUUGGAUCUUAAUCAUCGUAUUACGUUUAAUAGGGCCAAUAGUACUUGUCUGUUCCGCCUAUCUUCGAUAGUCUACAUCGACGAGAAAUACGUAUGUAUACAAUCGAAUAAUCUUUUAUGUCGAUUGUGUUAUUGAGGUAGAAUAUCACGUCAUUCUGAUAAACAUUAUUAAUAUAACUAAGUUCCUCCACUGGCGAUUUAUCGCGCCGACUUUAGAACUCGUCGAUCUCAUUAAUUAUUAGUCUAAUUAUUAGUCUAAGUUGGUAACGAGGUAAAGCAACAACAAAGUCCCAUGUCUUCCAAACGAUGAGAGUAUCGAUUAGUGUUUAGCGAGGAAACCUCGAAAUACCUUCGAGGAGAGAAAGCUGUCCUUGUAUACUGUAAUGCAAAAUACAUUUAUAUAUAUACAUAUACAUAGAAAAAAUAUAUAUGUACAUGCGUGUGCGUAAGAUGUCGUUGAUAUGUGAACGAGAAGCGAAAGUCAAGAGUAUGUGCGGCGAUGUAAAGAUGUUUGCUGGCACAUAACUAUGUUGUUCGAAUACCGCCUGCACCUAAUUGCCCUUAUUAUCCACUGUAUAUCAAUGUCUAAUAAACUGCUGUUAUCCCAAA